AUGGAGCUUGGUGUUCCACUCGAUAACGGCCAGCUUAUGAAAAUCCAAGUUAACGCAAUUCCGUUCCUGAUGCAAACGAUACCGCAAGUACCGUUGUCAAAACGGGUCGCUUAUGAUUUAAUUCACAAUUACAAAUCUGUCAGCGACAUACAUCGAGUAUUGCAGCAUCCGGAUGUCAUCAUCGGCGCUGAUUACUUUUACGAAUUCGUGGGUCGAUCACCUGCACGUCGUCUAACAGGUAGCUUGUUCCUCGUUCAGUCUAGCAUCAGACCUAUGUUAGUUGGAGAAGCGCCACUCCCAAGCGCACAAGACCAUCAACAUCAAGUACAGUCUGACGCUAUUAUUGCUUGUUCUACAGUCGCAAAGAUGAACGACUUUCCAUCAUCGGAAAAACCAGCGUCGGAUACUGACGAUGAGCUCAAAAUCAAUCAAAUUAAUUUGCCGAAGCUACGAUCGCGUACGGUUCAAAAACCUCAUCUUCAGCUCAAGAAUCGAUCUCAAAUCAAAUACAGUUCUCGUGAUAGAAAUGUUUGGAAUUUUGCAACAAAAAUCUUCCUUUUUGCAGCGUUGUGCAUCGCUACGACAACGUCAUUUGCACAUGCAAACAAUAUGAACAGUGUUUUCAAAAGUCGAUGCACACCACCUAACAAUGAGGGAGCCCUAAAAACUAAAAUUCAAGGCUGCGCAAAGAGCAUUAAAGGCACAAUGCCUACAACCAACGCUAUGGCCUAUACAAUUGAACAUAUGAACAUAGGAGCAAUAUUUUGCGUAACAUUAAUGACACUUUUAUUGUUUGGAACUAUAAUGUUGUAUGCAGAGUUUUACCAUAACGCAGAAAACGGCAACAUACAAGAAUCGUCACAAAAAUACUUGAACCACUGA